AUGAAUAGCGGCUAUUCCGAACGCCACGACACGGGCGACGUGUUCCCCCACGUAGGCGAUGGUCUAGAGACUUCGGAGCGGCACUUCUUCCGCGGCCGCGGACGAGAUCAGCGACCGCUGGUAUACUCCUCGCUGCCGCCUACCCCGAUCCCCGCGACGAGCCCAGUGGGUCCGGAGUCCCCUGGAGAUAUACCCAUGUCACCGUCGUACUCUAUGCUACCGCAUGAGUCGAGCGCGCCGUUCUCGAUCUGGGAUUAUUUGCGCGAGGAGCUGCUCGCGACGGAUUUCGAUUCGCAUCAGGAGAUGAAGUGGGAGCGAGUGAGCAACUUCCUCAGUAUACCCAUCGCGAUCGAGAAGCUCCUCGGCUUUGGGUUCAUUCUAUGCUUCGACUCCUUCCUGUACACAUUUACUAUCCUGCCUAUACGCGCGACACUUGCCUUCUUCCGCCUAUGCUCGAACAUGUUCUCACCCAAAGCGCCGCCACUCCCUCCCUCUCAAAAGGCUGACCUCUUGCGCGCCACGUUGCUGCUGUCGUCGAUCGCAAUAUUGACACCGUUGACGGAUGCCAGCAAAAUCUAUCACUCGAUCCGUGGUCAGGAUACUAUCAAACUUUAUGUGAUCUUCAACGCACUGGAGAUAGCCGACCGACUGUGCGCUUCGAUAGGGCAGGACAUACUCGAUUGUCUGUUUUCGCGAUCUACACUGGAGCCGCUAUCACAUAGGGUGCCAGUCACAGUGCACACCUUCCGCCCUAUGAUGUACUUUGUUUUGGCGCUGGCAUACAAUGUAAUGCACACACUCGUCAUGGUCUACCAGAUGAUAUCUCUGAACGUCGCCGUCAACUCAUACGACCAUGCGCUGCUGACGCUGCUCUUGUCGAAUCAAUUCGUCGAGAUCAAGGGCUCCGUGUUCAAGAAGUUCGAGAAGGACAACCUCUUCCAGAUCACCUGCGCCGACAUCGUCGAGCGCUUUACACUAGCACUCAUGCUCGUGGUGGUCGCGUUCAGGAACCUGAUUGAGCUGAGCGGGACCGAGUUCGACUUUUCGCAGGGCUUUGUACUUCCCAAGAGCUUCGGGUGGUUCCGCGGUAACAACGUGCUGUGGACCAUAUCUUAUCCUGUCUUGACUGUGCUGGCGUCCGAGAUGGUUGUCGACUGGCUCAAGCACGCGUUCAUCACGAAGUUUAAUCACAUACGACCGUCAGUAUACGAGCGAUACGCGGAUGUACUAUGUAGGGAUCUAGCAUGCGGGAGUGCUAUUGGUAGACGAGCUCGCAAGCAUACCUACGUCGACCAAGCACCUCUGGUCGCUCGUCGGCUUGGCUUCUCGUCACUACCCUUAGCGGUCCUCGCCGUACUCAUCGGCUCGCAGUCGUUGACGCUGUUGUUCUCGCUGCAUGCUGAGAGCGUCUCCCCCUCGUGGACGGAUGCAGAGGUCACUGCAAUUGAGCUUGCGCACUUCUUAAAGUUAGCCGCCAUCGGAGUAUUGCUCUGGGUCUGUUUCGUCGUCGUGAAGAUUAUCAUCGGCGUCAACCUCAUCAGCUAUGCGACGCGUCGGCACGCGGGCGUGGAGGAGCGAGAGAAGGCAGAUGUGAUUAACGAUUUUGGUCGCGACCCAAUCGGCGAGGGGAAGGAGGAACAGCGAUACAACCGCGAGCUCAAGGACAUUCUUGACGAUUCGCGCGACGAUGUUCCACCCGUUCCCGAGAUGGGUGAACGACCGUCAGGUUCGGCGCCAUCUGCGGGUGGGAAAGGCAAGCGUUCUCGUGUAAAGCUCGAGGACCUGACGCGAUUCACGAUGGUGAAAAGGAUCUGGUGA